CACGCGCUAGAAAAGCCCGAGCAGACCUCGCGGAUGACUAUUCAAAAAGCAACACGCCGCUAAGCUGCCCGAUACCUUCUGAAGCUCAAAAUAGCAAAAAAGCGCUCUAUAGCAAGUAACUUAUAAUAGCGAAAUAAUAGCGUUCUUUUAGCAUUUGGAUUAUUCAGCAUGUGUGGCCGUGUAAUAAUCGAGUAGAGCUGCGGAGUAGUCACGGACGUAGAUAUCAGAGUCAAUAGGUGCUCACCAGUCGAACUUGCCGACCUGAUCCUCGUAGAGGCAGAGCGAAAGGUUGAACAAACUGAAGAGGAGGAUGAGACACUGGAGAAACUGCGAGUCUGUGAACAGCCGGUUGAAGUUUCCUCGGAAAUUCGGACUCGCGAUCAGCGAAGGAGCCAUGGCGAUGUGGGUUGAGUCGACGUCGUCGUCGUACACACUCGUACGCGACCUAGCCUAUAUUAUGCUGGAUGAUGGGUCUCGAGCGGGGGGGUACGUGUACCUAUAGGUGUAUAGUAUAUAUAUAUAUAUAUGUGCCGUCGCGCCAGGCAGCAGAGCAGCUGCUACGACGAUAUCCUCUCGCCCCCUUCCAUAACCAUAAGACCUCGAGCUGCGCCCCCUGUGGCUAAAAUGGGUAUCGGAAAAGCGAGUGUACGAUGCGGGAUGCCGAUGCACAAUACAAAACAUGUGCAUUUGUGAUACUCUAACAUUAUGGUGCGACAAUGAGAUCAUCUCAUUGACGUCCUCCCUAAUCUCAUGCACAGAUUUAGUAUAGAUUUCUUUAUAUCCCUUCUAUAAAGUUAAACAUAAAGUAGAAUUGAUAAAAAUGAUGGAACUUAGGGAACCAAAAAGGAAAAAAGGUGGAGGCAGACUGGUUCCUAAAUCUUCGCUGCCACUUGUUUUUGGCAAUAAGGGUGAAAUAACUAAAUUUCAUGCUAAUCUCACAGCCCUGGGAUCAUGCAUAGCAGAUCCUACAGAAAUGGAAAUAGUUUACAAAAUGGGUUGUUUUGGCAAAGGUUCUCUAUCACGAAGUCAUCCACAAUUUGGAAGAUCUAAAUUCGGCGUACCACCUGUGAUUCGUACUAGGCAAUGGCAGCGUCGUCAAAACUGGAUUAGUGAAGUACAAAAACUUAGUAUAGAAUCAUUUUUUGAUGACGAUAAUAAUGAAACUGAUCAAUCAAAAAAUGAAGAAAAUAUUAGCCAAGAUGGUGAAGACAGGUCUAUUGAUAAUCAAGAUUUGAAUAAUUCUAUAGAGACAAUCGAAAGUAAUUGUGGAUCAAGUACUGUACCUGAUGGAGAAUGUCCUGUAAAUCAAGGGAAGCUAGCGUCGGACAUUGAAUUAGUAGGUGGUGGUGUAAAUAGUAUUCAAACCAAUGGGCGAACCAGUCAGACAAACAUGGAAGUAGAUGAAGUUGUGCUUGACUCGACAGAAGAAGAAGAUGUUUCUGAGGUUUCUGUAGACACUUACAACUUAGAUAAUUUUGAUAAGACUGAUCUCUUCAAUAAAGAUGUAAAUGAUGAGUUUCAUAAAGAUGUCAGGAGUAUGGAAGGAACAGUUUUAGUUUUACCAGAUAGUGACUCUGACACAGAAAAUUAUUUGAUAGAUAUUAAACCAGAAAUAAAGCAUGAAAAUUUCCCUGUCAGAGAAACGUUGCACCUCACAUUUGAAGAAACCUUCUUUUUAAUGUAUGGGCUUGGGUGCUUAAGAGUCAUAGACUUUGAUGGAAAAUUUCUUAGUAUUAGUGAAACUUGGGAAUAUUUUUGUAAAGAACAAAAAAGUUUCUUACAGAAAUAUGUUGCAUAUCAUUACUUUCGCAGUAAAGGGUGGGUUGUAAAAACUGGUCUUAAGUAUGGUGGUGAUUAUUUACUCUACAAAGAAGGACCAGCAUUUUACCAUUCAUCAUACAUUGUGAUUAUUGAUGUUUUGGAUGCAGUCACUCUCAAGAGGAUUGAAAGUAAAGUAAAUAGAAAUAUGACAUGGAAUAAAUUUAUUGGAUUAGAAAGACUAGCAGAAACUGUUAAAAAGGAAGUACUUAUUGCUCAAGUACUAUGGCCUUCAACAGUUCCAAUAGACAUAGUUCCAACAUCUCCAGAUGUUCUUUCUCAAUUUACAGUUAGAGAAGUUUUAUGGAGAAGAUGGAAAAUCACCCAAGAAACAGGAUCUAACGAUGGAUAUACAUGUGAUGCAUCUUGUGAAUAUGAUGAAUACUACGAAAGUGACUAUUCAUCUUAAAAUAUAAUUAAAUGCAUGUAUAAAAGAUGAUUAUGUAUGUAAAAUUAACAAAUCAAAUUCUUUGUAUGUACAUCGUUAUUUAUAGUUUUUUUAUGAAAAGUAAAUUACAGUUUUGCAUAACAUACUUAAAAGCUACUAUCAUGUAUAUAUAAAUAUAUUUAAAACAUAUUUCCAAUA